CACGGCCAGGUUACCGCAGACUAUGAGCACCUCCGAGAAACCCUUCUGAGAGCGACCCGAGAACGAGCUUUGGCUGCCAGGGGAAAACACCAGCUCCAAGCCAAGCUGGAGAACUUAGAGCAGGUCCUGAAGCACAUGCGAGAGGCUGCGGAACGGCGGCAACAGCUGGAGCUGGAGCAUGAGCAAGCCUUGGCUGUCCUCAACGCCAAACAGCAGGAGAUCGAGCUGCUGCAGAAGGCUCAGGUUGAAGCUAAGAAGGAGCAUGAAGGAGCAGUUCAGCUGCUAGAGAACACCUUGGACAGCAUGCAGGCCAAGGUGCGGGAGCUGGAGCAGAAAUGCCGCACGCAGAGCGAGCAGUUUAAGCUGCUGUCGCGGGAGCUGGAGCGGUUCCGGCAGCAGGCGGGCAAGAUCGAGCUGCUGGGCAGCGCCUCGCUGGCCCCCCCGGGGCCCCCCGGCAAAGCCCUGGCCCAGCUGAUGAACGGCAUCGCCACCUCCAUCGGCAAAGGCCAUGAGAGCCCUCCUGGAAGCCGCUGUGUGAUCUCAGAGUUCAUCAGACCCCUUCAGAUAUCUGGAGACAAGCCAGAGCAGCUGUCUGUCAAACCCACGCUCCUGGCCAAGUCAAGACCUGGUACCCCAAGAUGCAGAUUUGAUUCAGACAUGGAUAAUGAUCAGAAUUCCAAUACCUCAAAGCAGAGAUAUUCUGGGAAAGUCCACCUUUGCAUCGCCCGUUACAGCUACAACCCCUUCGAUGGACCAAACGAGAACCCCGAGGCGGAGCUGCCUCUCACGGCAGGGAAGUACCUGUAUGUGUACGGAGACAUGGACGAGGACGGCUUCUACGAAGGAGAGCUCCUGGACGGACAGAGAGGCCUGGUCCCUUCGAACUUUGUGGACUUUGUUCAGGACAGCGAGGCGCGGCUGGGCAGCGAGCAGGAGCAGAACCUGCUGAACCGCGCGGGGCCGGCGCUGGAGGGGCGGCUGGAGCUCAGCCCCCCGAGCCGCGGCGAGCCCGGCGCGCUCAGCAACGGCGCGGGGACCCUGGACGUCAACAUCGACGAGAUCGGAGAAGACAUCGUGCCUUAUCCUCGAAAAAUCACCCUCAUCAAGCAGCUGGCCAAAAGCGUGAUCGUGGGCUGGGAGCCGCCGGUGGUGCCGCCCGGCUGGGGCACCGUCAGCAGCUACAACGUGCUGGUGGACAAGGAGGUCAGGAUGAACGUCGCCCUGGGCAGCAGGACGAAAGCUCUGAUAGAAAAGCUCAACACCUCCACCUGCACGUACAGGAUAUCCAUCCAGAGCAUCACCAGCAAGGGCAACUCCGACGAGCUGCAGUGCACCUUGCUGGUGGGCAAGGACGUCAUCGUGGCCCCCUCCAACCUCCGGGUGGACAACAUCACCCAGAUUUCUGCUGAGCUCUCCUGGCUCCCCACAAACAGUAACUACAGCCAUGUCAUCUUCCUGAACGAGGAGGAGUUUGACAUUGUCAAGGCUGCUAGCUACAAGUACCAUUUUUUUAAUUUGAAGCCCAACAUGGCCUACAAGGUGAAGGUCAUGGCAAAGCCCCACCAGAUGCCCUGGCAGCUUCCCUUGGAGCAACGAGAAAAAAAGGAAGCCUUUGUGGAAUUUUCUACGUUGCCAGCAGGUCCUCCCGCUCCCCCCCAGGACGUGUCCGUGCGGGCGGGCCCCACGCCGGGCAGCGUGCAGGUGUGCUGGAAGCCCCCGGCUCUGUCGGCGACGGGGACGUCCCACGGUGCCAGCGUCACCGGCUACGGGGUCUAUGCCAAAGGGCAGCGGGUGGCCGAGGUGACGUUCCCAGCGGCGGAGGGCGCGCCGGUGGAGCUGCCGCGGCUGCGCGCCCUGGACGCCCGGGAGGUGACGGUGCGGACGCUCUCUGCACAGGGGGAGUCCCUGGACUCUGCUCUUGCUGCCAUUCCAUCUGACCUCCUGGUGCCUCCAACCCCCCACCCCAGAACUGCUCCCAAAUCUAAGCCAUUAGCAAGUGCCGGAGCCCCAGAAACCAAAGAAGAACACCUAGGCCCACAUUUGAAAAGGGAUGAGUCGUGGGAGCAGACUCGUUCGGUGUCCCCCGUGCACGGGCACAUGCUGGAGCCACCCACCUUCCACGGCCCCCUCCAGGGCAGGAGGUCUCCGUCCCCCAACAGAAUCCUGCCCCAGCCUCAAGGCACUCCAGUGCCCAACACCGUCGCAAAAGCCAUGGCGAGAGAAGCUGCACAGAGGGUGGCAGAGAGCAACAGGGUGGACAGGAGGAGCGUGUUCAGCGAGAGGAGCGUUGCGGUGCCGUACUCGGACGAGGAGGAGGAGGAGGAUGGCUACGACUCCCCCAGGGUGAAGCGAAGGGGAGCCUCGGUGGAUGAUUUCCUGAAGGAGUCGGAGCUCGGGAAGCAGGCUCACUACUGCCUGGGGGACGAGUACCACACGGAGAGCAGCCGGGGCUCGGACCUGUCGGACAUCCUGGAGGAGGAUGAGGAGGAGCUCUACUCGGAGAUGCAGCUGGAGGAGGGCGGCCGGCGGCGCCUCAGCCUCACCUCGCACGGUGCGCUCAAGGAGUACGAUAAGAAUAAAGCCACUGAAGCCACUUUUUUGGAACAGCCUGGCUUUCCCCAGCAGACACACCACAGUAAAAGGCUUUUCAGUAUUCCAGAAGUGGCUGAAGAGGACGGUGAACACUCUGAAGUGCUGUACAAGCAGGGUUUAGGUAUGCCCUAUAAAAAGCACCCCAGAAUAGCUAGAGGCCCUAGAGCUCGCAGGCCCUGCAAUCAAGAGCAGCAGCACAGCCCCAGGCACCCGGGCAAGGCCCGGGCAGAGCCGGGGCUGCAGGAGCUGGACGAGCGAGGCUGCAGGUGCAGACAGACCCUGUCCCGCAGCCCCGACAGCGGGCUGGACUGCGGCAGCGAGGACGAGGAGCCCCGGCACCAUGGCAGGGCCCCGGGGGGCAGCGACCAGGAGCAGCCCUGGCUCCAUGGCAGACGCAGGAAUGGCAGCGAUGAAGAGCAGCCCUGGCUCCAUGGCAGGGCCCAAAGGGGCAGCGAUGAAGAGCAGCCCUGGCUCCAUGGCAGACACAGGAAUGGCAGCGAUGAAGAGCAGCCCUGGCUCCAUGGCAGGGCCCCGGGGGUCAGAGAUGAAGAGCAGCCCUGGUUCCGUGGCAGACACAGGAAUGGCAGUGAUGAAGAGCGGUCCCAGCACAGUUCCAGACCCCAGUGGGGCAGUGAUGAAGAGCGGCCCCGGUUCCGUGUCACAGCCCAACGGGGCAGUGCUGAAGAGGAGCCCAGGCCCAGUUUCAGACACAGGGGUGGCAGCGAUGAAGAGGAGCCCCGGCACUCGGUCAGACCCCAGUGGGGCAGUGAGGAAGAGGAGCCCCGGCACAGGUUCAGACACAGGGGUGGCAGCGAUGAAGAGCGGCCCCGGCACGGUGGCAGAGCCCAGUGGGGCAGCGAGGAAGAGGAGCCCCGGCAUGGUGCCAGACACAGGGGUGGCAGUGAGGAAGAGGAGCCCUGGCACUCGGUCAGACCCCAGUGGGGCAGUGAGGAAGAGCAGCCCCGGCCCAGGUUCAGACACAGGGGUGGCGGUGAGGAAGAGGAGCCCAGGCACAGCCCCCAGCUGCCCCCCGAGGCCCGUCCCUGCCGCCGGGCCCCGCGGCCGCUGCUGGCCCGCAGGAGGACGCUGACCCGGCAGAGCAGCAUCGAGGAGGAUUUCGGGGAGCUGGCAGCCCCGCUCGGGCAGGCCGAGGCCCCGCGGGGACGCAGGGCCCAGCGAGGGGCUGAGCCACAGCUGCAGGGGGGCCGCAGGAGCCACCCCACACCAGGGGACUCUAGGGCAGCUGCUGUCCCUGCAAAGCCAUCCCACAGAGAUGCUGAAGACUCUCUGCUUUUAGGUAACCCAGCCUCUGCAGGACGGCCUGACAGGGUGGAGCAUGCAGGGCGAAGGUCCUCCCAUGGCAGUGCAGUGCCACAAAGGUCUCGGCCCCUGCUGGUCCCUUCCAUUGAUGGCUACGGUGGCCAUGACCGUCUUUCCCCUGACAUUUAUGAGGAAUCUGAAACAGAUCCUGGCACAGAAGAUCUUUCCACCCGAAUAUUUGUUGCACUUUUUGACUACGACCCCCUGACGAUGUCCCCGAACCCCGACGCUGCAGAGGAGGAGCUGCCCUUCAAGGAAGGACAGAUCAUCAAGGUUUAUGGGGACAAAGAUGCUGAUGGGUUUUACCGUGGAGAAACCUGUGCAAGAGUUGGCCUUAUCCCGUGUAAUAUGGUCUCUGAGAUACAGGCAGAUGAUGAAGAGAUGAUGGAUCAGCUUCUUAAACAAGGUUUCCUUCCCUUGAACACUCCGAUUGAGAAAAUAGAGCGCGGUGGCCGGCGCGGUGGCCGGCAGCAGCCGCUGACCACCAGGAGGAUGGUGGCCCUCUAUGACUACGACCCCAGGGAGAGCUCCCCCAACGUGGAUGUGGAGGCCGAGCUGACGUUCUGCACUGGGGACAUCAUCACUGUCUUUGGUGAGAUCGAUGAAGAUGGAUUUUACUAUGGCGAGCUCAAUGGACAGAAGGGGCUGGUUCCUUCCAACUUCCUCGAAGAAGUGCCUGACGAUGUGGAAGUGUUUCUCUCCGACGCGCCCUCGCGCUACGCCCACGACACGCCCGCGCGCUCCAAGGCUAAGAGGAAGAAGAGUGUUCAUUUCACACCUUAAUAAGGCAAUGUAGCCUUCACGUAAGUGAGCAACUGAAGAUACCAAUAGAGAUUUCAAUUAAAGCUACCUGGCUAUCUAAUGCAAGUCUUGAAACUUAAUUGUGGGGGAAAAGAAAAGAAAUAUGUCUCCAAACCCCUUGGCCACAGAAGAACAGGCUGCAUGCCUUUGCUGUUCCUAGUCAAGCCCGCUCCUUUCUUGGGAGACAAAUCCUCUAAAACAGGAGCCUCUGAAAUCGAUCAGCCCUCCCUUUACGAAGGUCAGCGUUUGGAACAUAUUUCUUCCCGAGCUCAGUGUUUAUGUUUACAUAGAGAGGAGAGUUUGAUGUCUAACUACCCUACAAGCAAAGCUGCAUAUUGCAUUGCUAGCCAAGCUGGGAUGUAAAAAUUCCAAGCUCCUGUGUCAAGAGAAAAGCACAACAGCUGCAGCCCCUGCAGAACCAGCAGUGCUGCUGGCACGGACGGUAGUUUACAAGGGGAUAGUUGGUUCUGAAACUCACUACACUCAAACACAGCUACUUAAAUUGUCUGCCUUAAAAUGUGCUUUCCGCAAUCUAUUCUACCCCAGUUUGCCUAGACCAACUAUUCAACGCUUCUGAAAGCAGUCCCUCCCGUGGUGCGAUUCCUGGGUUUGUCCCAGCGAGAGCUCGUUCGCAACGUUAGCCACUGUUUGGUUUACCAAUGCAAUAAAGUCUCGACCUGAAACAUGCAGCUCACUGAAUGAAUGCAUUAGACUCGAUAUCUGGUAUCUUCAGGUGUACGUUGGGGUGCUUUACCAAGUUGUUUUGGUUUGUUUUGGUUUUUAUUUUUCAUUAGAAUUAGACCUUGAUUUAAAAUCAAAGUAGGCUUGAAGCCCCUUUGCUUAACUCGCUGUUGCACAGCAAGCCAGUAAAUUGCUGAUGUUUUAACCUGAGCGAGCUAGCCGGCCUCCCUCCAGCAUGGAUCCACUAUGAAAAUACCAUCUGGACUGACAGUAACCAUUCUGCCAGCUGGGCACUGUAGCUAGGAUAGGCUGAGUAUAUGCAAUUUUAGCAUUUUCAUCCAAGUGCUUUUGAUGGCUGAAAAAAAAAAAAAA